AUGCAUAGGUCUGCAAGCUGGAACAGGUUUUCUGAUGAUUACUUCAAGCAUGCCACGACGAGUUCUCCAUCUUCAGGACAUAGAUCAUCUUAUUCUAUGUUUGAUGGCAACAAUUUGCCUACAUAUGACCCCAUUGCAGAGUUGGCUAAGAGGGAGAGGGCACGUGUGAAGUUCGCUGAGAAUGCAGUGCAUGUUAUCCCUUUAGUGCUAAUUAUUUGUGCCAUCAUUCUUUGGCUCUUUUCAAAUCCAGAUGUGGGAAUCAUAGGAGAUCCAAUAGGAGCAAGAAUCGAAGGAUUAAGUCUUGAAGGAGAAAUUGAAAAUGAUAGUGACGGUACUCAAAUGGGUUUCUUACCUAUUGUGACCUCAGAAGAAAUAUCAACGACAGAAAUUGGUGCUGAUAAAGAUUCGAUAAUUCCAAAGAAUUUUUAG